UCAAGUAUGCCAAAUGAAAGAGCUAGCUUGGUCAAGCCGAGUGAUAUUGUUGAAAAUAGGGCUGGGACUUCUGUGCAUCCGCCAAAAAUGGGAAAUCUCAACCUUAAACCAAACCUUGCAGGCAUCUUGAAAAAUCCAAGAUUAAAAGACUCCUAAGAGAUCAGGAAAAUUUGAAAAAAUUAGACACAAGAUAAAACAAAAUAAUUUUGAACCAAAAGUGGAUAAAAUUUGAGUCUAUCCCAAGAAUCAGUUGGGGAAAAGUAGGAGUCAGAAGCCUAAAAUAGACCAGAAAAGAGCUGCUACUAGCAAUCAGCAACAGGAAUAUCGAUUACCUCGGUUUAAUCAAGUUACUGAUAAAACCCGGGAAAAAUUGGAUAGCAAGUAUAGAAAAUUGUCAACCAAUUCACAAAGCUCUAUCCAUAACAUACACUCCAACUCUGUUAGUCCUGAAAAUUUCAAGAGUAGCAAGCUCAGACAAGCACAGCUUGAACUUUUGAAAUUGAAAGAGGAAAUUACUAAGAAAAAUAACGAAGUUUUAGCUAUCACAAAAGAACUUGAGAAAUGGGAAACCAAAGGCCAAGCUAAUCAGCAUGGAUUCCAAAUAGACAACAUGAAGAGAAAGGCGAGCCUUUCUCCUUUUAUGAAAGACAAGCUUUCUUCAAGUCCUGAUGGGAAGAACUUCGGGUUCAAUACUAUUAAGAAGAGCAAGAUUAGUUCAAAACCAAACCUGCGGAUAGCUCACAGGCCGAAUCUAGGGCCUAUUACCAAAAAUUUGAAGGUUAUUCCGGAGGAUCAAGGGACUGAAGACAAAAAUCUAAAAAAAAGCAGUAGAAAGAAGCGUAAAGUCAUUCGAGGAGAAGAAUUCACCGACUUCAAAUGUCAUAAUCCUCCUGAAAUGCAGACGCCCAAGAAGGUUUCUCAAAAUAGCACACAGCAUAUGGAGUCUCCUGACCUUGAAAGAGACAAGUGUGAGGAGCUUUACCUUUCAAGGAGCAGUAGCUGCCUUGAUAUGUAUGGGAGUCUCAUGAAUUCCAAAGAUAUUCGGAAUAAAUAAUGUUGGGGUCGGAUCUCAAAACGUAAAUAACCCAAAAACGGCUAAUCCUGGUGAUAAUCAUGAAAGCAAGAGAUUAACAAAGAAGAUCAUUUCAUUAAGAAAAGAGAAGGAAGAGCCAGUUCUGAUGGAUACACCAAACUUCCAUAAAAAAUCUGAUGAGAAGACCAAGAAAAUCAAGAGAGAGUCCCAGUUUAAAGCUCCUAGUCACGAGAGAGUCGUGGAAGUUGAUAUAAAUAGUAUUAAAGUCAAAAAUAAUCAUCUAAAUAAAGGAAAACGAAAUUUUGAGUAUAUAUCGAAGACACAAGUUCAGGCUGGAAAGAUGAACCUUGAGGGUUCAAGUGAUGAUCUCUCCAAUAUUAAGGAAAGGUCUUUGAGUCAAUGAGAAUUUACUCAAAAGCAAAGUCGAGUUAAUUCUUCUGAACACAAGUUUGAUGGCUUCAGAGAUGAUGAUGACAUUGUUAUCAACCCUGAAUUUGGGAGAUCUCUGAAAGCUAGCCUUAAGGCAUCCAAAAGGCGCUUGAUGCUGUUCAUCGACACUAACAACCCAUCAAACCCUCCCUCUCAACGUUCAAAAUUCUCCUCCAAAAAUCCUGCUCCCACUACACACACCAAAAUCUCUACCACAGGGCAUGACUACAAGGCUAAGCCUUGUAUGAGAUAUGUAGAGGAAACGGAUGGUAAAAGAGCGAGUCUAGGACUGAAGAAGGAAGAUAUAGUGCAGAGUGUAGAGAAGAGUAGCAGUUGGCAUGAGACUGGUAGAAGGAAUGAGGAUCUUGUGUUGUGGGAGUUUGAGCCCUUGCCAAGGUACUUUAGAGGGCGGAAGAAGUAAGGUUUAG